AUGGCUCCGAGAGGAAGGGCAACAAGGAGAAGGCCUGCAGCUAAAGUCCCUGAGGCCGAGGUUCCCCCUCAGUCAGCUGCAUUUCCAAUGAAUGCCAUUCUUGAGGCUUUAAGAGGCCUUCUUGCCCAACAAAUGGAUCUAGCUGCUCGACAGAGUCAUCACUUCCAAAUCUUCCACCGGAUUCAAAUACCUGAGUUUGAGGGUCGCCAAGACCCUAUGAUGGCUGAAAGAUGGUUGAGGAAGAUUAAGAAAAAUUUCAACACCAUGGGAACACCUGAAGAGUAUCAUGUGACUUUUGCUGUAUCCAAGUUCGAGGGUAAUGUAGCGGAUUGGUGGGAAACUUUGAGUAGGGCCACUGAGACUGGAGGGAUGACUUGGAGAGACUUUGAAAGGGUCUUUAGGGAACAAUAUUUUAACCCAUCUCAUUGGAGGACUUUAAUUGGGUCAUUUGACAACUUAAGACAGAGGAACAUGACAGUAAAUGAGUUCUACAUGAAGUUUGUAGAAUUAUCUUCCUAUGCUUAUGCCGGUACGAUCGAUCAACCUCUUUUGAUUGAGCAGUUCCUCCGUCGCUUAAACCCUUCAAUAUUGGGUCCACUUGCCCCUAUGACCUUUGGAAAUUUGAACGAGUGUGUAACAGCAGCCUUACGGACUGAGGCUCAUCAAGAAGGAAUUGAAAGAAAGAAUCCAGCCCGAGAAAGAGGAAAUGAUAGGAAAAUGAACAAGAAGAACCAAGGGCGAUGGUUAUCCCAAGGACAACAACUCAGUGGGAGUUUGAACCCGAGUUUUAAAAAACUGCAAACCCAAGCCCAACCCGACUUUUGUCGGGUUCGGGUCGGAUUUAACCCGAAUCCAACGGGUUUUCCUAAAAAACGGGGUUUCGGGUUGCGGGUCGGGCGGGGUCAUAAGAAGAAAGAUUGCCCACAACGACAACAGAGGUUCCAACCAUCACAUGGAGGACCCAUAGGGAGUUAUGCUAGGUCUACUCCUUUAACAGGACAACCUAAGAGUAACCAGUCUCAGUAUUCAUCCUAUAGUUUCACACCCGCACCAAGGCAACAAUCCCAAUAUCAACAUCAGUUCAAGCCCCAAGGUUCAGGAUUCAACCAGGGGUACUCACAGAGUUUCCAAACUCCUAUUUUUGCUGGAAGUCAGAGAGGGUUCAAUCAAGGAGGGUGUUUUGGUGCAAGCACAAACCAUCAUGGUCAAGGAAAAGGGAAAGCAAAGGAAAAAGCCUCUGGCCAAGCGUAUGCUCUUGGUGGUGAUAAUGCGCAAGGAGGAUUAUGCCAAGGAGUUGUGGAUGGUAUGGUUCUUAUCUCACACUCUUGGGCUCAUUUGAGUGUACAUAUGGGAGGGCAUGGUGAAGUAUCAACCAUCUGUAAAUUGGUUUGUAUUGUGUUUGAAGGGCAUAAUUUAUUAGGAAACCUGAUGGUGUUACCUAUGGGAAAAUUUGAUGUGAUUCUUGGCAUGGAUUGGUUGUCUAAGUACCAAGCCAUUGUAGAUUUCUCACGCAAAAGGGUGACUCCAAGUGGAGAUUUCAUUGUAUAUCGAGCCAACAUGAAUGCAAUAAGGCACAAUCCUAUCCGUAAGUCAUGUUUAGGUGGGAAAAGAAACUUAGAGUGUUAUGGGAGUCUGUUUGCAAUUAAGGAUGAGUCUAGGCCUCUAGACAAGUUUCCUUGGAUAUCAGUGGUUAGUGGCUUUCCAGAUGUGUUUCCUGAGGAUUUGCAAGGACUACCACCUGAUAGAGAGAUCGAGUUUUGCAUUGAUUUGAUUUCUAGGACUCAACCAGUUUCUACUACACCUUAUCGCAUGGCACCUACAGAGUUAGCUGAAUUGAAAAAGCAAUUGGGUGAGCUAAUGGAUAAAGGUUACAUUAGAAACAGCUAUCAUCAAUUGAAGAUUAAGGAAGAUGAUAUUCCUAAAACUGCUUUUAGAACACGUUAUGGACACUUUGAGUUUUUGACACCUGAGGACCAUGCAGAACAUUUAACAAUUGGGUUGCAAACUUUGAGGGACCAUCGAUUAUAUGCUAAGAAAGAGCAAUGUGACUUCUGGAUGACCGAGGUCAAAUUUUUAGGGCAUGUAAUAUCUCAAGAAGGCAUUACUGUGGAUCCUGCAAAGAUAGAUUCUAUCUUGCAGUGGGAAAGACCAAAGAGCGUUACUGAGAUUCGAAGUUUUAUUGGGUUAGCAGGUUACUAUCGUCGCUUUGUGGAGAAUUUUUCUCGAAUUUCUAUGCCUUUGACAAAGCUAACAAGAAAAAAUUUAAAGUUCGUGUGGGAUGACAGUUGUGAAGAAGCUUUCAGAGAACUUAAGCAAAGAUUCACUACGGCACAUGUUCUCACUAUGUUUGAUAGUGAUGAGCCUUAUGUGGUAUUCACUGAUGCUUUUGGUACUGGUUUAGGAGGAGUUCUCAUGCAAAAUGGCAAGAUUGUUGCCUAUGCUUCACGCCAAUUGAAGUCGCAUGAGAAGAACUACCCUACACAUGACUUGGAACUUGCAGCAGUGAUUUUUGCCUUGAAAAUUUGGAGAUGUUACUUAUAUGGGGCAAAGUUUGAAUUAUAUUCUGAUCAUAAGAGUUUAAAGUAUCUCUUUACUCAAAGAGACUUGAAUUUGAGGCAAAGAAGAUCGGUCGAGUACAUGGAAGAUUAUGAUUUCACUUUGCAGUAUCAUCCUGGAAAAGAAAAUGUGGUCGUUGAUGCAUUAAGUAGAAAACCUCAUGGCAUUUUCGCUUGUUUGGCUCUUCAGGAUUGGAAAAGAACGAUCACUAUGGGUGAUUAUGAAUUAGAGUACUAUGAAGGAAAAGAUAUUGCUUGUAUUUCAAACUUAGAUGGAUGGACAGUAAAUGCCGAAGGAUUCUUAUACCAUAAGGGAAGAUUGGUCGUUGCAAAUAUCAUUGAUCUUAGAGAAUCUCUUAUGAUAGAGUCUCAUAGGUCUAAAUUUGCUAUACAUCCUAGAAGCACAAAGAUGUACCAAGACUUGAAAAGACAAUACUGGUGGGAAGGUAUGAAGAGAGAUGUGGCUAACUUUGUAGCUAAGUGUGUUGUUUGCCAGCAGGUUAAAGCUGAGCACCAAAGACCGUCAGGGUUGCUUCAACCUUUACCUAUACCAGAAUAUAAGUGGGACAGGAUCACGAUGGACUUUGUGACGGGAUUACCAUUAACACCAUUAAAGCAUGACACGGUAUGGGUGAUUGUUGAUCGUUUAACCAAAUUUGCUCAUUUCGUUCCAAUUAGGAAGGAUUAUAAGGUUUGUAGACUAGCUCGACUUUAUGUGGAUAAUAUACUUCGACUGCAUGGGUUACCUUCCAGCAUUGUUUCUGAUAGAGAUCGUUGA